AUGGCAACAAUUGAGGAAAUUAAAGAGCCUGUUGUUCAAGAGUCAACUCCUUCCACCGAUGGACAACAAUUUGACGAGGAGCCGGCCACCGAAGUUUUGAAAGAAUCGUCGGAGAAUGAAGAAUUACCAAAGUUCACACCAGAAGAAAUAAGAAGUUUGGUGGAGUCAGCAAACAAUCACAAGAUAACAGGAAAUGAAUACUUUUCGAAAUUGAAGUUCGAGGAAGCCAUUACAGAAUACGAAAGGGCUUUAGACACCUGCCCUGAUGAAAUAAAAAACGAACGAGCUAUCUACUGGGGAAAUAUCGGAGCCUGUUAUGUCAAAAUGGGAAAAUAUGAGGAUGCCGUUGAAGCCUGCACUAAAGCACUAGGAGAUUUGCCAACGUACACUAAAGUUUUAUUACGACGUGCACAAGCCAACGAGAAACUUCAUACUCUCACGUCGUUAACAUCCGCACUUGAAGACUACAAAACAUUACAAUCCACUCCGUCGCAUCAGUCAGAAUUGGACCCUUCAACGCGUAACUCAAUUAACUCAUCGAUACAACGUCUACCGUCGAUCAUCGCCCAACAGCAAGAAAAAGAGAAAAACGAAAUGUUGGGAAAACUAAAAGACUUUGGUAAUACAGUGUUGGGAAAAUUUGGAUUAUCAACUGACAAUUUUCAGAUGGUGAAAGAUCCAAACAGUGAAGGAUAUAGUAUUCAAUUUGUUAACAAUGCAGACAAAAGCGGUGAAAAAUCAAGUUAA